GCAGGCGAUUUGGCGGCAAAUCGCCGAACGAAUGAAUGGAUGAACUGUCCAAGGAGCAGAUCGAAGAGUUCCGGGCGGCCUUCAGCCUCUUCGACAAGGAUGGCGACGGGACGAUUACGACCAAGGAGCUCGGCACGGUCAUGCGUUCGCUGGGGCAGCGCCCAUCGGAGGAGGAGCUACGGAAGAUGAUCGCCGAGGUGGACGCCGACGGCAACGGCGCCGUCGACUUCCCGGAGUUCCUGAACCUCCUCGAACGCAAGAUGCGCGACGCCGGCGCCGAGGACGAGCUCAGGGAGGCCUUCCAGGUCUUCGACCAGGACCAGAACGGAUUCAUCUCGCUCGACGAGUUCCGGCGCGUCAUGGUCGACCUCGGCGAACGCCUCACCGACGACGAGCUCUCCGAGAUGCUCCGCGAGGCCGACAUCGACGGAGACGGACAGAUCAACUACGCCGAGUUCGCCAAGGUCAUGAUGUCCAAGCUCGAAAUGGCGGAAUCGAAACCUUCGGUGCCGCCGCUCUUCAAGAAUGGAUUCCGCGUGUGUCGUUACCUUCUCGCUUUCCGGAUCAUGGAGAUCGGCCGGAGCGUUAAACGACGACGGCGCAAGUCACAGCAAAACAGUCGUGACAUGGUGGGAGAAGAGAAGACCGGCGGUGAUGACGAUAAACCGCCGGACCAGGACAAGGACAAGGAUGCCGACAAACCGAGUCACAGCCGCUGCAUCCCCUCGUGUACCAUCCUCUGAAAAUUCAUGCUUUCCAUUUCUGAUUCGCAACUGACAAGAAAAGGAGUAACAAGUACAAGACAAAACAAGAAAUUACUCCAUGAUUGACAACGAUGAACAAUGUGAGUUUACAAAUGGUAACAGCAUAUUUGGCUACCCAUUCUGUGAACUCAUGGCUGCCUUGCUCUAAGGUGUCUCGAUAGGAAUUAAGAAAACUAACAUACUAAACAUAACAGCAAAACCUACUGAAUGUGCUUCACUUAAACAGUUCCAAAAAAAUCUCUCAAAAUACAGCAUAUAUACAACAACGGUGGAGGACAAGCACACCUGUCAACAGGGGCCCUCCACCAGUACUUACAAAAUGC